GGAAGUGUGUCUUGCUUGAAUGGGCCGGCGGCUAAGCUAGGCCGUUUGUCGCACGUUACCUGCGAGUUGAAUUUAUACAUGAAAAGGCGCUAUUUUCCGUUUUAGGCCACAUUAGUUUGUAUCUUUUUCGCUCACUCCUUAAGGCAAAACGGAUUAAAACAUGUCCAGGAGACGACAUAGCGACUCCUAUGACGAAGGCCAGGAUCACAAGAGGAGGAGAACCUCCGAGGCCACCGAUAUUGAAGACAGCCUGGAGUCUUUGAUAUGCAAUGUGGGAGAAAAGAGCAAGUCGUCCUUAGAGAGCAACCUGGAAGGGCUCGCCGGCGUGCUGGAGGCUGACCUUCCUAACUACAAAAACAAAAUCCUUCGCAUUUUAUGUUCAGUGGCUCGCCUCCUCCCCGAGAAGCUGACUGUGUACACGACGCUGGUGGGCCUCCUCAACGCCAGGAACUACAACUUUGGCGGCGAGUUUGUGGAGGCCAUGAUCCGGCAGCUGAAGGAGACUCUGAAGAACAACCUCUACAACGAGGCCGUUUACUUGGUGCGCUUCCUGUCCGACUUGGUCAACUGCCACGUGAUUGCCGCUCCAUCCAUGGUGGCCAUGUUUGAGAACUUUGUCAGUGUUAUGCAGGAGGAAGAUGUGCCACAGGUUCGAUCGGAUUGGUUUGUGUACGUGGUGCUGUCCUGCCUGCCAUGGGUGGGCAAGGAACUUUAUGAGAAGAAGGAUGUGGAGAUGGACCGACUCCUCAGCCAGAUUGAAGGCUACCUCAAGAGGCGAGUUAAGACUCAUCUCCCAAUGCUUCAGGUGUGGACUGCUGAGAAGCCGCACCCUCAAGAAGAGUACCUGGACUGCCUUUGGGCACAGAUCCAGAAGCUGAAGAAGGACCGCUGGCAGGAGCGUCAUAUCCUGCGUCCAUACAUCGCCUUUGACAGCGUGCUGUGCGAGGCUCUGCAGCAUAACCUGCCGCCCUUCACGCCGCCAGGACACAUGCCCAACGCACAGUACCCCAUGCCCCGCAUCAUUUUCCGCAUGUUCGACUACACGGACGCACCCGAGGGUCCGGUCAUGCCCGGCAGUCAUUCAGUGGAGCGGUUUGUCAUCGAAGAGAACUUGCACUGCAUCAUGAAGACUCACUGGAAAGAACGCAGAACUUGCGCCGCUCAGUUGCUCAGCUACCCCGGCAAAAAUAAGAUCCCGCUCAACUAUCACAUUGUGGAGGUGAUUUUUGGAGAACUUUUUCAGCUGCCCUCUCCGCCUCACAUUGAUGUAAUGUACACGUCGCUGCUGAUUGAACUGUGUAAACUGCAGCCAGGCUCACUACCACAAGUUUUGGCUCAAGCCACAGAGAUGCUCUAUAUGCGACUGGACACUAUGAACACCACCUGUAUCGACAGACUAAUCAACUGGUUCUCCCACCAUUUGAGCAACUUCCAGUUUCGAUGGAGCUGGGAUGACUGGGCUGACUGUUUGACAUUGGAUCUGGAGAAACCCAAACCCAAAUUUGUCAAAGAGGUUCUGGAGAAGUGUAUGAGGUUGUCCUACCACCAGAGAAUUGUGGAAAUUGUCCCGUCCACCUUCGCCGCUCUCAUUCCAGCCGACCCUAUCUUCGUUUACAAAUAUGAGACCGAAAAUGCUUCAAUGUUGCCGGGUUACCCCGUCUCAAUCAUCGUCUGCAACGCCAUCAAGAACCGAGCAUCCAACGAGGAGAUUCUCACUAUCCUCAAAGACGUGCCCAACCCCAACCAGGAUGACGACGACGGUUACGAAGGCGAGAGUUUUAAUCCGCUGAAGGUGGACGUCUUCUUGCAGACCCUUCUUCACCUGGCCGCCAAAUCAUUCAGCCAUUCGUUCAGCGCCCUUGGCAAGUUUCACGAGAUCCUGAAGAAUCUCACAGAGAGUGACGAAGGCAAACUGCACAUUCUCAAGGUGGUCUACCAGGCGUGGAAGAACCACCCACAGAUGAUCGCAGUGCUGGUGGAUAAAAUGAUCCGCACGCAGAUUGUGGACUGCGCUGCUGUGGCCAACUGGCUUUUCUCUCAGGACAUGGCUCACGAGUUCACUAGACUUUACAUAUGGGAGAUUUUGCACUCGACCAUCCGGAAGAUGAACAAACACGUCCAGAAGAUCCAGACAGAGCUGGAAGAGGCCAAGGACAAACUAGAGAAGCAGCAGAACAAGAGGCCGAGGGACAGCGGGGACGAAGAAGACAUGGAGAAGAACAGCGAGGACGAGGAGGUUCAGCUGGAGGAACAGAUCGAGAGGCUGCAGGAGAAGGUGGAGUCGGCCCAGAGCGAGCAGAAGAACCUCUUCCUCGUCAUCUUCCAGCGCUUCAUCAUGCUCUUGACAGAACAUCUGGUGCGCUGCGAGACAGGCAGCGUAAAUGUCAGCACGCCAUGGUACAAGAACUGCGUGGAGAGGCUGCAGCAGAUCUUUCUCAUGCACCACGUGAUCAUCCAGCAGUACAUGGGCACAUUGGAAAACCUGCUUUUCACGGCCGAGCUGGACCACCACAUCCUUGCCGUCUAUCAGCAGUUUUGCGCCCUUCAGCUCUGAAAAUCUUCUGCGCAACUUUCCAGCUCUUGCAUCAAGAAACCCCUCAGCCAUUGAAAAAGAAAUGUUUACGAUGCUGUUCUUUUUUAGUUUUGUUUUUUUUUGUUUAAAAUAUCGGUCCCCUUGUUGAACUUCAAGUCCAGAGUGAUCCUUUCAACUUUUUUUUUUUUUUUAAAUAUUUGUUUUAUGUGAAAUUGAAAAUGAAUUAAAACUCCAAAGUACUUUAAACCA